AUCGUAAAAGUGCUGUUGGUCACUAGCAUAGCAAUCCAAGCUUUCAGACUAUUGUGUUAUAAUAAAAAAUACUUUUACAAGCUACUUCGCAAGGACUAAACUAAAGAAAGAAGUUGCUGCGGAUACGAAGAAGAGCAUCAACAAAGCAGAAUACUGACAAUGCCAGCUGGGACUUCGUGGCCUCGUUACCUUGGGGCUGUCAUAGGGGCUAUGCUGUCUAUGUUUGCAGGAGCACAAGCUGUCCAUCUUGUUUAUAAUCCUCUGAAGGAGCUUGACAAGAAAGUGGAAAUGGAGAAGGAGAGGUUAUUGAGUUCCCAGCAAGAAAUCAGUGCCAAAAGUGAGAAAGUAAACACAAGUAAUUUGAAGUCUUCAGCUGCAAGCGAACAAGUGGUAUAGGGAGAGGACAAAUAUUUAUUUGGGCACAUAAUAGAUGCCUUUGCCAGAAUAUUAACAUCAUUGAUGUUCGGAGUUUGCUGUGGCCCUCCAUUGUGCCUUAGGCUAUUGAACGUGAAUUGUGACAUUUUCACUUUGAAAGCAUGAUUUCCUUUACUCUCUUUAAUUUCUGCCUUUUAACUGGGACAUUGCUACUGAGAUACACAUGGUCCCAUUGCUCCAUGGCUUAGUACAUUAAAGAAAGUCUUAUUGGAUUUAUGAUCAGUGUCUCCAAAAGAUGACUUUCUAACGACCUGGUUCAGUCAAGGAUUUCUGUGUCUGUUUGUAAAAUACAGUUUUCAUAUUGUGGUUGGAAUGGAAUCAGGUUGAGAGUUGCACAAUAGCUUUUCAGAGGUUGCCUGGGUUUUGCCUUUCAGUUUCGACUGUGAUACUUUGGAAGUGUACCAUCUCCAUUUAACUGUGCAUGAACAUUUCCAUGAAACUUUUGUUGCCAUCAAUGAAGAAGCAAAAAUGACAGUGCUGGGUGCUGAUGGUUUGAAAGGGAGUUCAACAGUAAUGAGUCAAAUUAUAAAGACAACAUGGAGCAUGAAAAGUGAAAGUGAGUAGGAUUCUAUACAGAAUGAAUAAUAUAUAUAUCUUACAGUUGAGCACAGAUAAUUCGAACACAGCCUUGCUUCACACCAUUCAUGACAGGGAAAGGCUCCUGUAGUUUACCAUAAAUUUAGCUUUUGGCCCUAGCCUGCAUGCCGUCAUGGACUUGUCUCAGAAAGUUGAUGAAUUUAGGUGGGCAUUUGGAUUUUAUCAUAAUUUCUCAGAGGCCUUCAUGACUGAUGGUGUGAAGUCAACAAAUGCCGUUUAGAUGUUUCGUUCACUGCCUUUCUUUUGUUUUUGUCAGGCAGCAAAAACCAUAUCCACUGUACUCCUCACUCUGUGAAAGCCACCUUGACUUUCUUGCAGUAAAUUAAAUUAUUUGCUGGUAGAUAUACAAAAAGUUCAGAAGAAUUCUGGCAGUUCUUGCUUACCUGUGCAUGUCAUAUGUUUUCCUUUUGCUUUAAUUCGUUUUCUGUUCUUUUAUUUGGUGUUCUAUGUAAAUGACAAGUGUGAGGAUAAUGCUACCAUUGAUGAAAUAUCCAACUGUACCUAUUGCUUACUCAUUUCAUUUACUUUUAUUUGCUAGGAUUUUUCCACUUUUAAAAAAAAUUACAUAACUUCAACUAUGUCUAGUAAUUUGCAUUUGUGACAACUCAUUAGAUCAUUGUCAUUGGUGAUUGGUGAGUGCUCUGGUGUGGUUUGCUCCUUCUUUCCUAUCAUUACAUCUAUCGUCCUGAUCUCUCCUCCUUUUUUGUGUUUGUUACUCCCUUGUAACACAUCUAAUCUUCAGCUUAUAUUACCUUAUUGUGUUGCAAGUGCCGUAAAACUCUUACUAAAACUAACAUGUCAUGUUCAUUGUUCGUAUUUUUGCUUUUUCUCUUCAGUGCUGUUAGUGUUAAAUGGUGAAACCAAAUAAAUAUUUAUAAAAAGCCCCCCCCCCUCUCAAACCAAAUAGUGCAUGCGCGAUCCAAGUUCAAUCUGGGAAUGGUAGAGGGGAGAUAAUCAGUAAUUUACAGUAAAGUCCACGAAAAUCAUGAAUUCAUGGGUUUCUCAAACAUAAUCCUCGGUCCCGUUUUAGUUGUUUUCUUUGUAUUGACUUCACAGAGUUCCCAAACACACUCCAACACGCAACACUCGAAUUUCGAACAAAUCCACUCCGCAUUCUCUACUAAAGACCGGCUUUACAGCCUUUCUGGCUGCGGGUAGGUGUUUUUUUGUUAUUGUUACAUUCAAAACGUGGUCCUUGUCUCACCACAAGGGGCUGGAGGAAGGGGGGUUGGGGAAUGAUACUGACCGCACCACACAACUGGCUCGCCAGGUGUGCAGACAUGCUAUGGGACGCGCGCGAUACGGAUGGCAAGAAGCGUAACUUUCUGAAAGCCAAUGAAAUGAGAGGAAAGGAAAGACGUAGAAGUCGCCUGUGCAUAUGUGAGAUUUUUAGCUUUCCACAUUCAUUCAUCUUUUUGCUUUCACACCGUCAACACGUUCAUCAUCACCGUCUCAUUGUUACAACUUAGACACUUAGACCUAAGAGUGAUGGCAGAGAAGAGGAAACUCAACUGUCUCACGUUUGAGAAGAAACGUGAAAUCCUGGCUCUCGUGGAUCAAAAAACAAUGAGCAAAACAGACAUUUGCAAGCAGUUCGAUAUCCCAAAGUCAACCCUGUCCACCUUCAUAAAAAAUCGGGACAAAAUCAACAGUCAGAGCGAGGCAUGCCAACCAAGCAGAAAAAAGCAACGCACAGUAAAGUCCGAUGCCAUUGAGAAAUCUCUGUUCGUUUGGUUUAAGCAAGCCCGAGCCAUGGCUAUCCCCAUAUCAGGGCCGAUCUUGAUGUCGAAGGCAGAAGAGAUUGGGGCUGAGAUGGGCCUUGAUUUCAAAAGCAACACUGGCUGGCUUGAUCGUUUCAAGAAACGCUAUGGCAUCCUGUACAAGUCCGUCUGUGGAGAGUCGGCUGCUGUCAAGACUGAGUCAUUAAUGCCAACGGAAUCGCGAACAAAGGGUUUGCUGACAUUUCUUAGAGACUUUGAGCCCAGAGACAUAUACAACGCCGAUGAAACAGGCCUGUUUUAUCGGUGUCUCCCUUCCAAGGCCCUCGCACUCAAGGGAGAGAAAUGCAAUGGUGGAAAAGCGCCCAGAAACCGACUCACAGUGCUGGUUGCUGCCAACAUGGACGGCAGUGACAAACUGCCAUUGCUUAUCAUAGGGAAGUUCAAUCGACCUCACUGCUUCAAAUAUUGCAAGUACCUGCCCCUGCAGUAUAAGGCCAACAAAAAAUCGUGGAUGACGGCGGCCUUGUUUGUGGACUGGGUGAGAUCGCUGGAUGCCCGUUUCAAGCUUGAAGGAAGGAAGAUCGCACUUGUCAUCGAUAACUGCCCUGCCCACCCCAAUAUCAAUAACCUACAGGCCGUGACACUGGUGCGACUUCCACCCAACACAACCUCUGUACUUCAGCCAUGCAGCCAGGGCAUCAUCGCUUCCCUGAAAAAGCACUAUCGAACAAUUGUCUUCCGCAAACUCAUUGCUUACGCGGAGGAUGGUAAGAGCGCUGAUACCUUUGAAAUGUCGCUUCUCGAUGCCAUGUAUGAACUGAAGGCUGCUUGGAAUCUCGUCUCCUGUGCCACAGUGAAAAACUCCUUCAGGCACGCGGGAUUUGUGGUUGGAAGUGAGCAACCACCCGACGAUGCUACACCAACAACAGACUUUGAGGAAACAUCAACUUCACCUGCAACUGCUUCUAAUGGCACGGACAACCUGUUCGAAGCGAUGGCAAAGAAAUUUCUGCCACCAGGAGUCUCCCUCGAAGACUUUUUCUCAGUGGACGAUGCCGUCGAGACAACAGGACAGCUCAGCACAGAGGAAGUCUGUGCGUCUGUUAGUGUUACAAAUAACGAAGAACAAGAGCAGGAUGACAGUCCCACUCCUCCAUCCGUCCCAACUGCAGCAGAGGCGAGGGAGGCUCUACAAAAGCUGAGAGAGUUUAUCCAGGCUCACGACUUUCCCCAAGCUGAACAGUAUGUCAAUGUCCUUGGCAAUAUUUCCUCCGACAUUGAGAUGGUUUCUCUGAAGAGAAGGAAGCAAUCUUCCAUAACGGAUUUCUUCCAAAAAGUUUAGAGAUUUGUCGUUUGAAAUGGAAAUAUUUUCUUUAGUCAGAAUACUCUGUUGGUAAUAGGCCUAGUAUCCGAGCAAUAGAAUAAUACACUGUACAUGAAGAAAAUCAUACCCUUGGCACAUAGGCCUACUCAUAAUGUACAUGUGGGCCUACUUACCUUGCUGUAAUACAGUAAUACGAGGGCUGUCCCACGGAAAACCAGAAAAGGUCCGUAAAAGCAAAAAUCUUUGUCCUAUUAUAA